AAUAUGAAUCCUCCUGCACUGAUGUGACCUGAUAAUAAAACUCCCAACUAAUGGUCGUCCUUUAUAGUACAAGGCAGCUUAUGUCUGCUACUGCUCAUGCCACUAAGCUGAUCCUCCUCCCCCUCUCAUAAAGGAUUCGUUUUGGACCCCCCUUUUCCCUAAUAUCCCGGUCUUUCUAAACAAUCCCAUCCAUCCAACCCAGAACAUUCCCAACAUGAGAUACCUAACACGAUGGCGUUCCAAGCGCAAAGCACCCAUUGUAGCCGAAAAAUUCCAAACCCGGGACUCGGACGAAAUCAACCAGGCAACACAGCCAGAUACCUUCUCCGGUCCACCGGCCAUCCAUGCAGCAUGGUUCAAUGUACACGACCGUUCGGAUUUCCGGAACAUCAGCACCAGCUUACCGGCUUCGAUUGAUAAGAUCACAAUUGCUAUCGGUAAUCAUGUCAGGGAUGGGGUGUACAGCAUUGUCAGCAUGAGCGCGAGCGCAUACUCAAUAACUGUUGUUUGCUCGACUGAGAAGUCCCGGGCUGAGGUUGCUGAGUUGGUGCAGAGGAUGAAGGAGGAACUGGGCCAGAAUGCGGUGAUUCCGCCGGAGGAACUGGUCUUGCUAAGAGAAUGGGAGGAGAAAUGGGGCGUGGUCGAAGAACUGUCUACUAUGGACGAUGGAUUGGAUACGGAUGUUGAACUUGAUCAUCGAGUGCUGAGUGCUUCACAAAGUUCGACAGCGUUAUAACGUUCCAUUUGGGAGAUGGUGCCGAAAUUGAAGUAUAGGUUUGGACUGAUGUAUACCCUG